AAACCGCCAAGAUUCCCGCCUGGCCUCUCUGCCUCUUUUGCUAACAUGAAAUCAUCAUUCUCAUUUCCUUCUACACUCCAAAAAAACUUUCCCUAAUCCAAUCUCCAUUAAUUUAGGGAGGGUUUCCAUCAAUCUUGUAUAUCUGAAGAUUUAUCAGAGUUUGUUUAGUUAGGAAUACAAAUUUGCAAAAUGCCUCGUCGUGUGAAGGAAGAGGAGAAAGUCGAGAACAUUAUUCGCGGCCUUCUGAAGCAACCGGACAAUAGGAGAUGCAUCAACUGCUGCAGUUUGGGGCCGCAGUAUGUCUGCACGACUUUCUGGACAUUCGUCUGCACAAACUGCAGCGGAGUACACCGGGAGUUCACUCAUCGCGUGAAAUCAGUGUCAGUGGCAAAGUUCAGUGAUGAAGAGAUCAUGUCUCUUCAAGCUGGUGGAAAUGAGAGGGCCAAGCAGAUUUACUUCAAAAGUUGGGAUCCACACCACAAUUCCUAUCCCAACAGCAGUAAUCUUCAAAGGCUUCGCGAGUUUGUGAGAGACGUCUACAUUGACAGGAGGUAUGCCGGUGAGAACAGCUUCAACAAGCAGCCAUUGGCCCAACCAUCACUGCAGGAGUCAAGAGGCGGCUUCUGUGAGUGGCCGUCUGAGAUGUCUCGUUGGGGCAGAAGGGACGACUACUUGGGCCGGUCUCCUCCAGUCGAGAGAGGCCACAGCAUAUUUGAGAGGUCUAGUUCUGAUAGAGGGUUGAAUUUGAAGGACUUCUUGGAGGAAAGGAGUCCAAGAAACAACCAAGUAGUGAUGCCGAGGUCUAGCAGCCACAGGGCUCGUUCCACCCGUUUUGAGAUAGUCGAUGACAGGUUCCGAGAGGAUGGGAGUGUGAAACGCUACGAGAGGGGCUCUGGCUCCGGAGGCAGGUCACCCAUCUCUCUAAAAAGUGCUGCAAGCGCGUUUUUGGAACCUCCUCCUCGUGCUGCUGCUGCUGUUGAUGAUCACAAGGCCUCUCCGAGAGGUCAGCCCAAGGCAGCAGAUGCUGAUGAGAAGGGAAACGAGGCGAAAAACACCCCAACCAACUUGAUAGACUUCCUUGAUGAGGAUUCAAACACUGCAGCAUCUCCCUCAGCUGCCAUUGUUCCCAUCACUUCAGUUGAAGCUCUGUUGUUUGAGCUGUCGUCUCCCAUGGCCUCCAAGAGCUGUGUCACAGUCAUGACAAGAGACGAGGCGAAUCUGCCUCAUCUGCAAAGUGCUGCAUCACUUGAAUCUUCAUUGAAUGAGCAGGGCAGCAGAUCGCCUGCUGCACCGGAUGAUCUGAGGCGAACGAGGAGCGUUCCAGCCGUGCAAUCAUUAGCAGAAGCUUCUAGUGCUAGGAAGGAAAUCCCAGAGGAUCUUUUCACCCCGGGUUUCGCCUCCUUCAAUCCACCAGCAGCCGGAUGGGCGCCUUACAUGAACACGUCUCGUCUCCAACAGCCUGCAGCCGCGUAUCAGAACCCCCCGAGACCAAGGAAUCCCUUUGACAUUGAUGAUGACAGAUUCCAAGUCCAAGCAGCAACACUAAGUUAUAUGUCACCAUUGCAAGGAGCUCAUCAAAACAUGCUCAUUUCAUCACCUUAUCUAUCUCCUCAAUCACAUCCUCUAGUUCCAGGAGCUUACAUGCCAAACAACAUGCUGCUUACAAGGCCAGAAGGGAGAGGCGAAGACGCCUUUGCUUCUCCGUUGCCACGAGCAGGAAAUCCUUUCGGAUGAGCUGCUCGUGUACAAGUGGUGCAAAAGGGACGGAGCUAGGAUUUUAAAAAUUGGACAGGCAAAAUUACAUUAUUUUUUUAAUCUAGAAAUAAGUUUGGGCGGGAAAUACAAAAUAUUAUCUAAAUAUAAUAAUUAAAACAAAAAUAUGCCCGGGGCUUGGCUCUGUCUCUACGUGCAAUGCAACUUCACAUUGUGUAACAUUGUAUGUUGUAUAUAUAUACUCAAGAAUUCUUGUGGCUUGCUCUUCUACAGUGGCAGUAUAAAUUGAAAGGUUUAUUUAUUUGAA